GAGAGAAAGAGUGAGUUGUAGGAAGACCAUUGAUUUUUCUGUUGUUCUAUCGCAUCAUAUCAUCAUCACCAUCCUCAUGUGAUGUUGUAGCGCUCUUCACUCUCAGAGCGCGUAAAUGGCACAUCUUCACCUUCUCCGAUUGCAAUUCCGAUUAUCCUCUUCCUCUACCUCUCUCUUCACCGCCCCUAACUCCGCCUCUGCCACCACCCUCUUCUCUCCCCUCGCCUAUUCUUCGCCUGCACCACCGCCUCCUCCCACUCUUGCUUUCGCGCCCAGAAAGCACCUUCCCUCUUUCAAGGUAUGUGCAACUGUUGCUGAAACUGGUCAGCCAAAAUGGUGGGAAAAGAAUGCACCAAACAUGGUUGAUAUUCACUCCACGCAAGAAUUUCUGAGUGCUUUGAGUCAAGCUGGAGAUAGACUUGUUAUUGUUGAAUUUUAUGGAACUUGGUGUGCUUCUUGCCGAGCAUUAUUCCCUAAGUUAUGCAGAACCGCUGAAGAAAACCCCGAAAUUCUUUUUCUCAAAGUAAAUUUUGAUGAGAAUAAGCCAAUGUGCAAAAGGCUGAAUGUUAAAGUACUUCCUUACUUCCACUUUUAUCGCGGAGCUGAGGGGCAGCUUGAAUCAUUUUCAUGUUCACUUGCCAAGUUUCAAAAAAUAAAGGAUGCCAUCGAGAUACAUAACACGGCACGAUGCAGCAUUGGUCCACCUGUGGGCAUUGGCGAUCUGCUUGCUGAACCUUCCUCUGUUGCCAAGGAUAGACCUGCGGAAUCUGUGUAAGCAUAGUACUUGUAUCUUGUAUUCACGCAUUUGUAUUAUAAGCUAUCUCACAGAGGGAAACCCCAAAGAAACUUAUAAUAUAUGUACUCUGUAUAUUUACUACUUUAUUUUUUUGCUUUUAGAAGGAUGCCUAGCAGAAUUGUUUCUUCUGUCUCAUUCUUGACCAUUCAUUAGCUGAUUGUAAUCGUGUACUUUUAAGCUUCUGUGAAAUGAAAUGUUAUGAUUUAAUUCUUUUGCUA